AUGUGGGGCUUGGAUAGGCUCUCUCAGUACUCGACACCUACCGGCACGCCGCCUCCACGUCGCGACUCCCGUUCACCAGCUCCCCGAAGAGGCUAUCCAGUCUCGGCCCAGCCCGUGAGGCCUGGCCUAACCCCGCGCUCCUCCUCGCUGACACAGCUCGUAUCUCCUAAUACCUCCACCACAAGCCUGCCGCUAUCUGAGCGCCUACCCAAUGGCGGACUACGCAGGCGACAGACAGGCGGUGCGCCGCCAAACGUCCCCGAUCCUAUACACGUACUCGAGGCUAUAAUGGGAGGGCCACCACGCAAUGGGCCGACAACAAACGGACAUGGUGUCGGAGAUAUGCUCGAGAAGCCGGAGCAGUUGGACGAGCAUGUUGAUUUCCAGGGCCUGAGCCUGCAAGACUUCGUCGCUGACAAGCCUGCUGAGCGACAGCCGCCCACUUCUGUACAUACAUAUAGCGCACAGUCAGUUGAAGAAUAUGACAAGGACAAGGACACGUUUGAGGACCUACACAAGUCCAUAUUGGCAUGCGAUGAAGUGCUCAAGUCGGUCGAAGCCAACCUUACAAAUUUCCAGUCUGAUCUCGAAGCCGUAUCUGCAGAGAUAGAGUCUCUCCAGAACCGAUCGAUUGCCCUCAAUACGAAGUUGGAAAAUCGCAAGGUGGUCGAGAAGCUGUUGGGUCCCGCUGUAGAAGACAUCAGCAUCUCUCCAGCUGUUGUGCGCAAGAUCGCUGAAGGGCCUGUUGAUGAGGGCUUUGUGAGUGCCCUUGCAGAAGUCGAAAAACGCUCCAAGACGAUCCGUGACAAAGCCCAAGAGAAUCCAGACUUGAUGGCUGUCAAGGACGUCAAACCUUUGCUAGACGAUCUCAUCCAUCGCGCCGUCGAGCGAGUACGAGACUACAUAGUGGCGCAGAUCAAGGCUGUCCGCUCCCCAUCUAUAAAUGCACAAGUCAUUCAGCAGCAGGCAUUCUUGAAAUUCAAAGACCUAUACGCAUUCCUCGCAAGACACCACGCAGAGCUCGCGCAGCAGAUUGCCCAGGCAUACAUCCACACAAUGCGCUGGUACUAUCUCAAUCAUUUCACACGCUAUAGAACAGCACUUGAGAAGAUCAAAGUACAUGCUAUGGACAGAUACGACAUCUUAGGCGAAGACCCAAGCGCUAGGAGAAGCGGCACGCUGCUCGGUCAAUCGCGGAACGCACCCACAUCCUAUGACGCCUUUUCACUUGGACGACGACGUGACGCGUUGAAAAGCUCCUCAGCCAAUGCUCUACCAGCAAACGUUGCUGAAGACGAAAAGUCACCCCACUAUCUUGAAGUCCCCUUCCGCAGCUUCAAUCUUGCCCUCAUCGACAACGCCUGCUUCGAGUACACCUUUGUCUCCGCAUACUUUGCUCCUGCACAAAACUUCCACGCCAUCUCGAGGACCUUUAAUUCCAUCUUUGAUCCCACACUCGCAGUAGGACAGGCAGUCACGAAGUCGCUCGUAGAAUCAACCACCGACACCCUUGGUAUCCUCCUCUGCGUGCGCCUCAACCAGCACUUCGCCUUUGAGCUCCAGCGGAGAAAAGUGCCAACAGUCGAGGGCUACAUCAACGCAACGAACAUGUUGCUCUGGCCGCGUUUCCAGCAGGUCUUCGACAUGCACUGCACUUCGCUCCAAAAAAUCACCGCCUCGCUACCCGGUCGCCCCUCCACAGGCGCAGCUCUGCUAUCCUCCGGCUCCUCUAGCGCGGCUUCCACAGCGCCGACGCCCCUCACGCAAAAGUUUGCAAACCUACUGCAAGGUAUACUGGCGCUCUCGUCAGAGGCAGGCGAUGACGAGCCCGUCAGCGUAUCUGUGGGACGACUGAGGAGCGAAUACGAAGCUUACCUCAGUAAGCUAAGCAAAGGGAUCAGCGAUGCUAGGAAGAAGGACAGGUUCCUCUGCAACAACUACAGUCUGGUGUGUACCAUACUUGCGGAUGUGGAGGGCAAGCUUGGGGAGGAGACGAGGGAGCGGUUUGAGAAGCUUAGGGAUUCUUUUGAUAAGUGA